AUGGCAUCCACCGCUAAGGACACGCCUGUCGAGGCUGCAGACGCUGUUAACCCGUCCUGGGUGUCGUCGUACAACUCGCUUACCGCCAAGCUUCCUCGUCCGCUCGCUCAACGACUCCCCUCGGGCGACAAGGCGGCUAUCACGCUCGCUCUCGCUCAGGACAAGCUUGCUGCGUUCGGGACCAGUAGCAAGGAGCGCUGGGACACGGUCAGUCGCACGGCAGGCGAGCGCGUCGCGGAAUUGAGGGCGGGUUCGUCGAAAGGCGUUUCAUCGGUUCAGGAUGCCUGGCUGGCAAAGGCGUGGAGCGUGACGAACGAGACGCAGGUGCCGUUGAACGUGGCUCUCAGGCAGGUUGGCCCGCUUUACUUCGACGUGCUCACGCCAGGCCAGACCUUUGAGCGACGUGUCCCCAAUCUCUGGUUCUCGCUCGAAAUCCGACCGUACACCUCCCCUUCGAGCGCCUACAACGGCUGGUCCGCGACCUGGCCAAUCCUCUGCGUCACCGGCCCAGCCGUCGCAGUCACCUCCCUCCUCGCAAUCCCCUUCGUCGCGGCCGCAGCAGGCGGAACGGCUCUCGCGUCCCUCACGACCUUCGGGUCGUCGAUCGUCUCUGGCGCGGGUGCAGCGGCGGAAAGUGUUGGUGCUGCUGCGGCGACUGGAGCGGGACUUGCGACGAAGGCGGAUGCGAUUCCUGGUGCUUCGCGCGUCAAGGGACGGUUGGCGGACGCGGCGAGGGACCUUGUCGGCGAGCACAUCUCGCGCGAGAAGGUCCAGCAGCAUGUCGUGCGGUACUUGACGCAGGGAGGGAAGGGGAAGGGAAAGGGGGAGGCGGUCAGCGUGGGACUGAUUGAGGAUGCGCAGGUGCGGGAGGUGGAGAAGACGAGGGAGAGGGCGAGGAAGGAGAAGAAGCUCGAUGAAGUGGACGUGACGGGCUACGAUGUCGAGAAGGUGCUUGCGUGUGCGACUGGUCACGCAGGCGUCGACAAAGCUCUCGCGAAGGCCUUCAAGAAGCUCUCGUUCAAGACCAAAUUCACGGAGUAUCGCACGCAAGACAACCCUGUGCUGCGCGUCGCCGGCGGACCCGAACUCGAGACCCGCACGCCAGCUGCAACCUUCUUCCACCCCAACCCGACUUCCAAAUCCUACCUCGUCUUCUACCCUUUCGUCCUCCUCCACUCCUCUCACAUCUCCGCCGAACCCGUCCCGGCCUCUGAAGUCCCGCCGACGGAGGAUGAGCAGCGUGUGAUGGAGCAGGCGAAGGUUGUGGAGAGCUACGAGGAGGCCGAGAAGGAGAGCUUGAAGGGGGAUGAUGAGCCCGAGGCGGCAGUGGGAGGUGACGCGGUGGAGGUGACGGCGGAUGCGAAGGGGAAGCAAGCGGAGGAAAGCGGAGAGAAGAAGACCAAGAAGAAGGGGUGGUUCUGGUGA